AUGUCCCACCCAGUUCCCGAGCAGAAGUCAUUCGAAGACAUAUGGCACGAGCACUUCGGACAUGGAUACAUUAGAGCGACUCCACGGAGUACUGGGAAAGGCCCAGGUCUGCUGAAUCUCCCGGUUGAAUUGAGACUUGAGAUAUAUCAGCAUCUGGUCGAGAAAACUUGGCUUGGCAAGAGUUCUGUAGCUCCGGACACUUUUAAUAUCGCGGACUUGCUCGAAUGGCGAGACAUUCCGCGCUUCGAACAAGUCUCCCGCAAAUCUUACAGCUGGAUCCUGACGCAUCCCAAAAUCUUCAAUGAAGGCUUUGACUUCGUUGUGGCUAUGCAUGAGGUCGCAAUGUACAGUCUUGAAGACAUCACACAGUUCAAACCCUUUCUGCACAGCGCCGAGUGCACCACUCUCGAUCUCGGCGUCUUAGAUCGCAAAAUGGUUGAAAAAGCCGUACGACGAGUUGCAUCGCUUCCGAUGUUACGGGACCUUACAUUCGAAGCCUAUCGACCGGGGGAUUGCGAUACCUUGGGCUGGUGUUGCUACAUGCUCAAAAAGACAAGCAAGAUUUUGUACGGCCUCCACAUCUUGACCAGCUGUGCCAGACGCGAGGCUGAGUAUGAGAAGUCUCGCAAGGAGCGAGAGUGGGCUUAUGAGGCGAAGGAGCAGGAUUUGGUGACAGUCACGCAAGUACUCGAUGCAUUCCAUAGGGGCAAACAGCCGGAGGGUGGAUAUCUAGGAGAGCUGGACCAUGUGCGACUGUUGUGUCGGCAGUUGAAGCUCCAGUUUUCGAAAGACCUGCGGGAUUUGGUGUUUAGGGGGUAG